CGCCGAGUAAGCCAUCCUCCCAGCGUAGACCGUCUUCGGUGUGCUGUAAACGGUCGCGGCUGGCUGCCGUCCUCAAAGGUCGUCGCCGCUGUUAAACUUCAACUCCGGAGGUCAGCUCAUAAAAGCCCUAAUCUCCUCCAGCUACCCGCUGAAGCAGAUAACGAGGCCGGAGAAAAAGGAAGUGCAGACAGACUACAGUUGGAGCGGUUAGAGGAGCGAAGAUCCGCUGGCCAGAGAAAUGACAGAGAGGAAGGGGUGGAGGAGAUAAUCCGCACUGGGAAGACGCACACUCAAACUCAACACGAUCAGCCGCCCUGUCUCUGAGAUGGAGCAAGAGGAAGCGGCAGCCAGGGAGGACGCAGACGCGCAGCUGAUGUACAGGAUAGAGCGCCCAGUCUACGAUGAAGCCUUCAUCCGCUCGCAGCUUCUCAGCCGCAGAGAAAACUCCACCACCCUCCGAGAGAGGCUCGCACACCAGUUCCGGUGUUCGUCAAAGAGGGCCAGGGCAGCAGCUCUGAGCUUCCUGCCUAUUCUAACAUGGCUGCCAUCCUAUCCGGUCAAGCAGUACUUGUUUUCGGAUGUGGUCUCGGGUCUCAGCACAGGAGUUGUGCAGCUCCCACAAGGUCUAGCCUAUGCUAUGCUGGCUGCUGUGCCUCCAGUUUAUGGUCUGUACUCCUCCUUCUACCCCGUUCUGCUCUACACCUUCUUCGGCACGUCAAGACACAUAUCAGUGGGCACCUUCGCAGUUGUAAGUCUGAUGAUUGGGGGUGUUGCAGUGAGGGAAGCCCCAGAUUCGAUGUUUUACGUCCUGCCUGCAAACGGAUCCAACAUGUCUGCCGUCCUGGACGUGGAGGCUCGUGAUGCCAGGAGGGUCCAGGUGGCCGUGGUGCUCACCACCCUGGUGGGAAUCAUCCAGAUUGUCUUCGGUCUCCUCAGGUUUGGCUUUGUGGCGAUCUACCUCACUGAGCCCCUGGUGCGAGGCUUCACUACAGCAGCAUCUGUGCACGUCGUCGUCUCCCAGCUAAAGUACCUGCUGGGGGUGAAGACACAGCGUUUCAGUGGGCCCCUCUCUGCUAUUUAUAGUGUCAAGGCGGUAUUCAGUGACAUCGCCAGCACCAACGUCACCACUCUCAUCCUGGGCCUCGUGUGUCUCGUCUUCCUGUAUGCGGUCAAAGACCUCAAUGAGCGCUUCAAAAAGAAACUGCCCGUUCCCAUUCCCGGGGAGAUUAUUGUGGUCAUCGUGUCAACCGGCGUCUCGUAUGGCCUGUCUUUGUCAGAAGACUACUUGGUGGAUGUGGUUGGGAAGAUACCAACAGGGCUUCUCCCCCCUGCUGCCCCAGAGUUCUCUCUGUUACCCAGUUUGGUCACAGACUCCUUCGCUGUAGCGAUUGUAGGAUUCUCAAUGGGCAUCUCACUUGCCAAGAUCUUUGCCCUGAAGCACGGGUACAGCGUGGACGGCAACCAGGAGCUGAUUGCCCUCGGUCUGUGUAACUUCAUCAGCUCUUUCUUCCAAACCUUCGCCGUCACUUGCUCCAUGUCAAGAAGCUUGGUGCAGGAGAGCACAGGAGGAAAAACACAGAUCGCGGGGCUGCUGGCGUCUUUCGUGGUGCUGCUGGUGGUGGUGGCCGUUGGUUUUGUCUUCCAGCCACUCCCUCAGACUGCGCUGGCGGCCAUCAUCAUGGUCAACUUGAUGGGGAUGUUCAAACAGUUCAGAGACAUUCCUACUCUAUGGAGGACCAGUAAGAUCGAACUGGCCAUCUGGCUGGUGGCCUUUGUGGCGUCUGUGCUGCUGGGCCUGGAUUACGGCCUCCUGGUGGCUAUCGCGUUCACCAUACUGACAGUCAUCUACAGAACGCAGAGCCCCAAAAAUGCCGUCUUGGGCCAUGUUCCCGGUACCGGGCUGUACUGCGACGUGGAUGAGUAUGAAGAGGCAGCUGAAUGUGAGGGGAUUAAGAUUUUCCACUCCAACUCCUCAAUCUACUUUGCCAACAGUGACCUUUAUGUGAAUGCCCUCAAGAAGAAGACGGGAGUAAACCCCGAACACUUAAAAGAAGCUCGGAAAGCCAGAAAAAAACAGAAGGAGAAGGCAAACAGCAACCACGGCUCUCCACCCAAGAUCUGUGUCAAGUACGAGAAGCAGGGAGUGUCCCACGCGGUUUUGUCCUACAACGGCCAGUUGGGGGACAGACACAGCAAGUCAGACUCAGAGGAGACCGUCUUCCUUGAGCCUCCCCACACUGUCCACUCCAUCGUCCUGGACUGGACGUCUGCCAGCUUCGUUGACUCUGUGGGAGCAAAAGCCAUCAAACAGCUCGUUAAGGAAUACGCAGCCGUGGAUGUCCGGGUGGUUAUAGCCGGCUGCAGCAGAAGCCUGUUGGCUGAGCUGGACACCUUACAGUUCUUCAGCGGGGUCAUGACCACAGACAUGGUGUUCCCCACAGUCCAUGACGCUGUGCUGCACUGUCGAGACUCCGCGUCCCACCCGACGGCUGCUCCCGCCGAUGAAACGACCUGACCGAGGUGACGCCUGGAGCGGAGAACCACCCUCAGCAGCAGCAGUCCUGGCCGGGGCAGCCGUUUCGGGAGGUGCCACACCAUGACCGUAGGGGCGACGAGCGUGUUCCAGCUUCGCAGGAGAGAUGAACUGAAGGAUCCUUCGCAUUGAAUAGAGGCGCUCUUUUCCUUCUCAGGAAGCUCUCCAGAUUUAAUUUGAGGUGCCCAAAGCAGCCAGGUAGAAGAAAUUCAGGAUUAAGAUUCCAGCUGAGAUUCCUCCCUCUCCCUGUUGCACUUUCAACAUUUUUGUUCUAGUUUUAAGUUCUCGCUGCUGCUGCUUGCUGUUGUUAGGGUGACAUUGGAAGUGGGAUUUCUGUAAGUGGCCAGUUUGUGGUAGAAACUUGUGAAACUGACCAGAAGCUGCCUCUCGUCAUGCUGGUAUCAAAUGUUUAUCGUUACUGAGAACCUACCUGGUGGGUAUUUGCAAUUGUGUAUUUGAACCAUUGAAAAUGAGCGUGUCCCGUGUCUUGUUCCAGUACAUUUGCACUGCUGUCAGCUGAGAUUUUAGUAUAAAAGCUGUUUUCCCAUUUCUAUAAAGCCUUACUUGUGCCGUUGACUGUAUAACACAGGAUGCCUUUAAUGUUACCAUGGUUAUGUUACAACAUUUAACAAAUCAUUCAGACUUAAAUCAUGGAAUAAACUUUAUUUUUAAGCAAACAGGUGACAA